AUAAAGUAGUACAUCUGGCCCCGGCCGGAAAACACAACCUAUUAUCUACACGAACAGAUAUUCUUAGAUUCGGAUAUAAUAGCUGUUCAAAGAAGAGAAUUGGGUCCAAUUUAGAAGAUAUUCUGGGAUAUUUGCCUGUUUACCAGAACACCAGAGAUGACUCUGCUGUGGUUACUGCUGUUCACCUCAGUUUCCUCGGUUGUCAUGGUUCCUGAGAAGCCCAAGAGAUCAGCCUUGAACCAGCUCACCAGAACCUUGUUACGCAACUAUGACCGAGGUGUGAGGCCCGUCCAGAACUGGAGCAGCCCCAGCCUCAUCUACAUAGACCUCCUGCUCCAGUCCCUCCUUGAUGUGGACGGACACACCCAGAAGGUCACCACAAGCAUCUGGUAUCGUCAGAUCUGGACAGACGAAUUCCUCGUGUGGGAUCCAGAAGAGUUUGAUGGCAUCACUGAGAUCUCCCUCUCCUCUGAUGCCAUCUGGGUCCCCGACAUCAUCAUCAGUGAAUUUGUGGAUGCAGGGAAGUCUCCAGCCAUCCCUUACGUCUACGUCAACUCCUCUGGGACGGUGAAGAACUACAUGCCCAUCCAGGUGGUUUCGGCAUGCGCUCUGGAGCUUUACGCGUUCCCCUUCGACAAGCAGAACUGCAGCCUCACCUUCAGGAGCUGGCUUCACUCAGUGAGCGAGGUGGACUUAGCGCUGUGGAGGAGUGCAGAGACAGUAGCCAAGGACAAGAGAGGCUUCAUGAACGAUGGAGAAUGGGACCUCCUCUCCCUGCCCUCCCGCUACUGGCAGCUACGCCUAGACGGCCGGAACUACGCUCACAUACAGUUUAACGUGUUAGUCCGCCGGCGCCCCCUACUGUACGUGGUGGGUCUUCUCAUCCCUAGCAUCUUCCUGAUGGUGGUGGACGUCAUCAGCUUCUACCUCCCCCCUGACAGCGGAACGCGCAUCACCUUCAAGACCAGCAUCCUCCUGGGGUACACUGUGUUCAGGGUCAACCUCAUGGACGAGCUGCCAGCCACCACCCUCAAAACACCCCUCAUAAGUGUGUUCUUUGCCGUGUGCAUGGCUUUGCUGGUUCUCAGUCUGGCCAAGUCCAUCCUGGUGGUGAAGCUGCUCCACCACAGCGAGAAGGAGGUGAAGGAGAUGUCUGUGUCCGCCUGCCUGCUGGACAAGUACGGCUCGUCCAGCCAGAGCUUCCUGGAGAGCACCUUCACCUCCCUCAAAACCCUGGACGACGAGGACCAGAGUGAGGGGUUUGAGUUUGACCUGGUCCCAGAGGAAGACUUGUUCUCCCUCAGCGAAGCCCCUGAAACUCCUCCCUGUCUGGAGAGGCUCCUCCAGGAGGUCACCUCCCUGCGGCUGCACCUCCUCCAGGGAGACACCGACGACUCUGCCCAGGCUGACUGGCUGGCUCUCUGCUCCAAGGUGGACCUGAUCCUGUUCCGUGUGUACCUGCUGGUCCUGACGCUCUACACGGUGACCCUGCUGCUGCUCUGGGCCAGCUGGAGCUCCGUCUGA